AUGUCGCUCGCCGCACCGGCGUACCUGAACUCCCUGCAGAGCAACAUCCGUGCCAGACCUAUACCCUGGGAUGGAGCUGUUCGCGCAGGUAAUUUGACAGAAGAGCAGCUGAAAAAGAUCAAAUCUGUCGACAAGGUUCGGAAAGAGCAGCGCAAGCAGACUAUCGAGAAGGAUGUCAAGAACUACAGCAAUCUGUUGGUUGGCUCAGGCGAUAGCGGCAGUGUCUUCAACAAAGCCUCCAAACGGACCGAUAUCUUGCAGUACAUCUUGGUCCUGGCUAACGAUCUGAUCAGCGAUGCGCCGGAGCUAGCAGGGUCGAUUCUCGAGCACUCGAAUCCCUAUCAGCACUUCAUAUCGUUCCUGAGCCAGUCAAACAACCCCGAAGACCCUAUACCUCUGCUAUCGGCCACCUUCCUAGUCAAUCUCGUCGCAUACUCCAUUACAGCCAACUCGAAACCGCAGAAGCGAGACGAUGAAGCACUAUCCAAGCUCUUCUCAUACCUAUCUACACUGGCGAAGAAUCAAGACAGCGGCCUGCAGGAUAUUGCCGUGCAGCAUUACUCUAGCUUGUUGAGAACAUCUCAAUCAAAGAAAAUAUUCUGGAAGCAGAAGCAAGACACCGUGGGACCCUUGUUCGACAUUCUGCGGAAAGCUGCUGGCGCUGCAAGAGAUAGUGACUCUACACUGAGAGGGAGUGGCGGUGCAUCGAGCAUCAGGAGCACCGAUACCCGCUUCGCUGGCGGUGUUGGUCUGCAACUCGUGUAUAAUAUUCUGCUUGUGAUCUGGCAGCUGAGCUUCGAGGCGGGUUUCGUUGGCGAAGAUAUGGAGAAGGACGAAGAGGUCAUUCCACUAUACACACAGCUCCUGCGAGUCUCUGCGAAAGAGAAAACUACACGGUUACUGCUCUCGACCCUGCACAAUCUACUGGAUGCGAACAAAGAAGCACUGAUCCCCGCGGCAACGACUGCUCGAUUGCCAGCUCUACUGACGAAUCUCAAUGGCCGACAUCUGUCCGAUCCUGAUCUGCUAGAGGAUCUCGAGGCGCUGACGAAUCUCCUGGACGACUACACCAAGAACCAGACGACCUUCGACGAAUAUGCGGACGAGGUCAAUUCAGGUCAUCUCCGAUGGUCACCUCCACACAAGAACCCACAGUUCUGGCGGGAGAACUCGCGCAAAAUUCUAGAGGACAAUAAAGGUGCGCUGCCGAAGAAGUUGGCAGAGAUCUUGGGCAAGAGCUGGGACAAUGACAAGAAGGUGCUGGCAAUUGGAUGUAACGAUCUCGGCAAUCUGGUGAGGGAAGCGCCAGAGCAUCGAACCACGUUAGAGAAGCUGGGUCUGAAAGGAAGAGUAAUGGAGUUGAUGAAUGAUUCGGAUGAGAGCGUGCGGUGGGAGAGUCUCAAAGCAGUAGGAGGAUGGAUGCGCUACUCUAUGGAGAACUGA